AUGGAGGGAAUGCUCAGCCAGAUUUUUAGCAGUUCAUAUAUUAAAGAAUCUUUUUUCUUUUUGUCAGAUUAUGUCUACUUCGAAAAUUCUUCAAGUAACCCCUACUUGAUACGAAGAAUAGAAGAGCUCAAUAAGACUGCCAAUGGAAACGUGGAAGCAAAGGUGGUGUGUUUCUACAGGAGGAGAGACAUCUCAAGCACACUCAUUGUUCUGGCAGACAAACAUGCAAGAGAAAUGGAAGAAGAGAUGGAAAAUCCAGAGAUGGUUGAUUUACCAGAAAAACAGAAGCAUCAGCUACGACAUCGUGAGUUGUUUCUCUCACGACAGCUGGAAUCUCUGCCAGCCACACACAUUAGGGGCAAAUGCAGCGUUACUCUGUUAAAUGAGACAGAAUCCCUUAAAUCAUACCUGGAACGGGAGGAUUUCUUCUUUUAUUCACUAGUGUAUGAUCCUCAACAAAAGACCCUGCUUGCUGACAAAGGAGAGAUUCGAGUUGGAAACAGAUACCAGGCAGAUAUAACAGACUUACUAAAAGAGGGUGAGGACGAUGGAAGAGAUCAGUCAAAACUUGAAACAAAAGUUUGGGAAGCCUUUAACCCACUAGUAGACAAGCAGAUAGACCAGUUCCUGGUGGUAGCACGCUCUGUUGGUACAUUUGCCCGAGCCCUGGAUUGCAGUAGUUCUGUCAGACAGCCAAGUUUGCACAUGAGUGCUGCAGCAGCCUCCAGGGACAUCACACUGUUCCAUGCUAUGGACACUUUGCACAAAAAUGUCUAUGACAUUUCCAAGGCAAUCUCAGCACUUGUGCCACAAGGUGGGCCAGUCCUGUGCAGAGAUGAGAUGGAGGAGUGGUCUGCUUCAGAGGCAAACCUUUUUGAGGAAGCACUAGAAAAAUAUGGAAAAGAUUUCACUGACAUUCAGCAAGAUUUUCUCCCAUGGAAGUCCUUAACAAGCAUUAUAGAAUAUUACUAUAUGUGGAAAACUACAGACAGAUACGUUCAGCAGAAACGAUUGAAAGCAGCAGAAGCAGAGAGCAAGCUAAAGCAAGUGUAUAUACCCAACUACAACAAGCCAAACCCCAACCAGAUCAAUGUAAAUAAUGUCAAACCAGGAGUGGUGAAUGGUACUGGAGUCCAGGCACAGAACGCAGGAGCAGGACGGGCCUGUGAGAGCUGUUACACCACCCAGUCUUACCAGUGGUAUUCUUGGGGUCCCCCUAACAUGCAGUGUCGCCUCUGUGCAUCCUGUUGGACCUACUGGAAGAAAUACGGCGGCUUGAAAAUGCCAACACGCUUAGAUGGGGAGAGGCCCGGACCAAACCGCAAUAAUUUGAGUCCUCAUGGUGUGCCAGUACGAAACAGUGGGAGUCCCAAGUUUGCUAUGAAGACACGACAAGCUUUCUAUCUGCACACAACAAAGCUGACCAGAAUUGCCAGACGUUUAUGUCGAGAUAUCUUACGCCCUUGGCACGCUGCAAGACACCCCUAUCUGCCUAUUAACAGUGCAGCAAUCAAAGCAGAAUGCACAGCACGUUUACCUGAGGCAUCAGAAAACCCAUUGCUAUUAAAGCAAGUGGUUCGAAAGCCUUUAGAAGCAGUGCUCCGGUAUUUAGAGUCUCAUCCAUGUCCUCCAAAACCAGAUCCUGCAAAGAGCUUGUCCAGUUCUCUCAACAAUCUGACUCCUGCUAAGUUUACACCUGUCAUUAAUAAUGGGUCCCCAACUAUCCUGGGAAAAAGAAGCUAUGAACAGCACAAUGGAAUGGAUGGCAACAUGAAGAAGCGCCUGUUGAUGCCUAGCAGGGGAACUUACCUAGGUCUGCCUAACCACGGACAAACCAGACAAAUGGGACCAAGCCGAAACUUGCUGCUCAAUGGGAAAUCAUACCCAACAAAAGUCCGAUUAAUUCGUGGUGGAUCCAUGCCUCCAGUGAAAAGGAGGAGGAUGAACUGGAUUGAUGCACCAGAUGAUGUUUUUUACAUGGCCACUGAAGAAACCAGGAAAAUCCGCAAGCUGCUUUCCUCCUCGGAAGCCAAGCGAGCCGCCAGACGCCCUUACAAGCCGAUUAUCCUGCGGCCCAUGCAGGCGGUGCAGCUCCGCCAGCCCAUGAACGAUGAGCCCAUCAUCAUCGAGGAUUAACGAUGGCAGCCUCUCCUCCAGUACCUACUUGAGUCUCCAUGGCUACAGCAUUGAGCUAACUGUUGAAGAGAGGGAACUUUUGAGGAACUGUUUUGCAUCUUUUAAACCCUUAAAAGGAACUCAGCCCUGCUCUGAGCCUCUGACCACAGACUGCUCUCUCUCUCUCUCUCUCUCUCUCUUUCGCAUUCUCUCCUGCUCUCCUA